AUGCCAGCAAUAUUCCUCGGCAUCCUUGGUUCCGCCUCAGGAGAAGUCCUAGAAGAAUUUCACAAGCGCGCAAGAUCAGAAUAUGGAUCUGGAUCAGGAGGGAAGUUAUCAUCAAUGACUAUGAGUUUCCUGGUUCCGUUGUUCGUGUUCUUUUUGUUUACACCGUGUAUCUGCAUAUACCUGAUUCGAUGCCGGCGAAACAGCCGCUUAGUUUCGCAAAUACGACUCCAAAGUCCCGCGAAGCAAAGACAGGAUGCGCGGAAGAAGUUGGACGAGGUUACGGAGGUAGCGACGCAUACUAGAAAUUCUAAAUUUGCGUGUGCGGGGACAACGGUGGAGAGGGAAUGUGUGGAGGAGGUCUCAGCAUUUGAGGAGUGUGCGAUUUGUCUGUCUACCGUACAUGCACCGUCACCUCCUGAACCUGCAAAAGUUGCGGCUGAAAUGGGUUCUUGGCUCGAGGUUUCCGAGAACACACAGCUUUCUGAAUCCUCGCCAGUGGAAAAGGAAGAGCUAUUGAGGCUUAAACAUGGAGGUAUAACUGUCCAGUCUGUCGAGCUGUGUAUUACGGGAGGGGGGGGAGCAGAAAGAGGCUGGGGAGCAGGAGGUAGUGAAAGACUGACCAUCUUUGAGAGUGCAAGAAAGGCGAACAGUGUAGAAAGAGCGGUGGGGAGGGCCGGGAGCAAUGGUGGUCCAAAUGGGGAGACCAGGUGAACUUGAAUUUACGGUGUUGUGGGAAAUUAGGUGAUAUGCG